GACGUCGACUCUGCGCCGUCUGGUCCUGAUCUGACUGACCCCGAGCGGCGGCGACAAUGGAGGCGCGGAUCCAGCAGCUGGGCCGGUGUACGACCCUUGUACUCACCGCUACGAUGAGAAGGAUCUUUUCGACACAACCCAACGGCGAGGUCCGUAUUGCAAAUAUUUUGAAGAAGACAUUUCCACAAGCUUCAGUGGUCAAGGUUGUGGAUAUUUCAGGAGGUUGUGGAUCCAUGUAUGAAGUUCAUGUUGAAUCAGUGGAAUUUAAAGGAAAACGAGUUGUGCAACAGCACCAGAUGAUCAACCAGGCGCUGAAAAAUGAAAUCCAAGCUAUGCACGGACUGAGGAUAUUUACCGCUGUUCCUAAGUAGCGUGACGGAGUGGAGAGGCGUCGGCAGAAUGGAGCAGAAAGUGGACCAAACCGAAUCGAGACUGCGGCCAGUGCGUGAAUUGUACGGGUCUGAACAGGGAGGAGAUCUUGUUGUGUGCUGGGAACAUCUACCCCAGGACCAGACACAUUAAUUACUCUGUUGUACUCGAGACUGAUUGUCCACUAGCACCUCAGGGUAUUAAUAAUGAACUGUACCAGAUCUACUGUAUAAGUGAAAAAGAAAACCCCUUAAAAAGAGAGUAUAUUCUAAACACCAUGUCACUUCUCUGGGUAGCAGACCAGGAGCGAUAUUCUUUGCACUGCAUACAGUAGAAUACAAAUGGUGAUGCUUGGAGCUGCUGGCAAUGUGCAGCAGGCAAUUCAGCUGCUGAACAGGGAGAACACAGGGUAAUGUUUUCAGCAACAAGAGUUAUCGGUCAGUCUAAAAUUAACUGGCUGGAUGGGUGGGGCACUAUCAUGCAAAGGCACCAGUGAGGAACACUGACUGUAUCUCAGAGACAAGAUUAACAGGGUUACGAUUGCAUGGAUCAGACAGAUGAACAGGAGCCAGCCACAUUCAUGACUUAUGCUCUGUAUCCACAACAGGAACUGCCUGUUCAAACUAACCUCAAACCUGAGCCUGUUUAUUUUCUCUUUCCAGAACCGCUCAUUUCUAAUCUGCUGAUUUCUACUGUGUUUUACUGCCAACUAAUGAUAAAUAUGAUUUCAUUUAAAGCUUGGAUAGGCAUUAGAAACAUAGAAAAUAGGUACAGGAGGAGGCCACUGCCAUUCAUUGUGAUCAUGGCUGAUCAUCCACAAUCAGUAACCCGUGCCUACCCUCCUAAUAUCCCUUGAUUCCGCUAGCC